GGUACACCGUAGAUUUUACAUUUACUUUUUUUUCUGCGAAAUUUGAACACAGUAAAAAAAACACUGUGAAAUGUGAAUGCGUUACGCGUCCCCACGUCGCUCCUUCUUGGAGUGACACGAAAGAAACCCUAGCUUGCGGCCACAAUCAUUACACUAACUUUUCUCUAUCCCCCUCAUGGUCGUCGGUUGGUGCCAUCUUCUUGAACCGCAACAUGGUAGCGUGACACAGUCUCCCUAGAGAUGUGCCACGAUGGUCCUCCUAAUUGCCAGCAGAGCUCUGUGGUGGCCGUGCCGCGCUAGCCCUCCUUGGGCCUGGAUCUGGCCUCUAAGGGUGAUGCAAGGUGGGUAGUGGUGGUAGGCCGACGUAGGGGAUCUUCUCAGGGGGUUGGGGAGGGGGGAGGCGUGGUGGCCAUCACCUAUAUGAGAGAAGCAGUGUGUUGGAGUCUUUGAGGCCGACAUUAGUCGGCAGUGAGUGCCCCCUCUUUCAUCGACAACAAGAUGUGGCUCCCUCUCUGUGGUGGUGGUACUAGUAGGCGACUUGCUUCCCCCUCUUCGGUUUAUCCUUGCUUCGGCAAUCUUCGGGACCUAGCGAUCAUGGGCCAGUGCGAAUUUCAUGCUUAGCGAUAUCCGGCGCUAACAAAAAACGAUGCAUGUCGACGUUAUCUUCUCCUGGGAGGCAUGCUCAUGGCCCUGACCUAGCCCCUCCCUUCUCAAGCACACAGGAAACCCUAGGUCCAUUUCGCCAGACCAUGCGGCAGAGCGCCACUACGAGGUCGUUCUCUUCUUUAAGCGCUCAUGAGUCGUUGUGGAGCCUAGAUGUGACAGAUGGAGAGUUUGGCAUGUCUGGUCUCACUAGCAUGGCUUGGUGGCUAUGUGUCGCUUUUGGGUUGGCCGAUGUGACGAGGCAUGGGCCUCUAGGUAUGAUGUAUGCCAUCACCAGCGCUUCCUAGCCAAUACCUUCUUAAGGUUCGGGUUCAGGCGGGUCCUGCCAUCCACGACCAUAAGCCCCCCUUAAGAGCAGGGAUGGCGCAUUAAAUUGACCUAAGCAAUAUUCCAGUUGUGGUCAUGCUACAUAGAUGUAUAGCAAUGGUCGUGACACAAGUUGUAUGUUGGGUAUCCCACCUCCUCGACUUUCACGGCUGGAGGCUGGGUAAGGCAAGUUUUUUAUUGCUGCGGUACCAGUGAGAGUGCAUUGUAAGCCCAAGGCAUCGUAGUGGCUAUUCUCAUGUGAAAAUGGUGCAUCUUCCACUAAACGACCACUAUCGUCAUCAGAACAAGCCGUUGAUGCGCCACUGUCGCCCUUCCAGUACCGAAGCUGGCCUGACCUUGUCGAUGACAGUCCGAAAGUCUUCGUGCACAUAUGUGACAUCCCGGCUUAAUAGGAAUGAUAGACUACUCAUAUCAACAAGGUGCACUUUCUUUUCUAGAAGCCCGUCCUCAAGGAAUCUCAAAGUAAAGCAUACUUGGCUUGGAGAAAUUUAAGAAUGGGUUGUUGACUGUAAAGUUAUUCCCAGGUGCACAUAAAGGGCAAAGUGUAAGAAACACUAGUAAUGAUAUGUGAGGCCAGUCUAGAUCCUAGACACAAUGGCCAGGAACCGGUGGGUUUUGGCCAGGGCGUUACAACGUGCCCCCAAGGACCAACACCCUAUAGCCGUAGUCGUCGUCUUGAAACCUUCAAUUGAUCUAAAGCAACUGGCACCAGAUCUUGGCGUCGCGAACUCAUGGUGAGAAACUUUAACCUCACCGUCCCAAGAAGACGGCGGGAAUCUAUGCCGGAGCUUCAUUGAUUUGUCCCGACAGACGAAUUCGAGAAGGAUCGAAACUCGAAAGACCAACUCGAAGAUGAAGCACAACCCCCACGAGGACUGUAAGCACUAACCUAAACUACUAGCCGGAGCCGGGUCACUGUGGUUCUCCUCCCCUUCACCAGCCAUCGGAGCGGCAGGCAGGGUGGGCUGGCCCGGGAAGCUUGGAUGGGAGGAGAACUUUGCUCUACCCGCCUUAGCGUACAGACUGAUCCUUCAAGUUCCCAUGAAUCAUGUCUCUCCGUCAUGUAUCGUAGAAGGGGGAAAAUUAGUGAGCGUGAUGACACAAACUCGCACUGGAUCUUAAAGCACAGUACUCCUCAGAGGUUGCAACGUGUUUUCAGUAUACAGCUCGUAAACAACAUUAAAGAAAAACGCAUGCAUACACAACCAUGCAACCUAACCUACAACCUUCCCCCAUAUGAAUAUCUGUCCCCGCGACUCCCGGGGAAAGCAUGCGUUACUUGCCAUCGCUGCAGCUCCAUAUAUACAAGGAAAUCAAUCGAGCAUAUCACCUGCAAGCAGUAGCAACCGAGAGAGAUGUCCAUGGCCGCCGCAGCAGCAGCGAUCAUGGCGGUGCUCCUGGCCGCGUUAAUGGCACGAGCGUCGUCGGCGGCGGCAGCAGGAAGAGUCUGGGCCGACGAGGAGAAGGGAGCACAUAACGGCACGGCGAGAAGACAGGUCACGUACGACGGCAGAAGCCUCAUGCUGGACGGCGCCAGGAGGAUGCUCUUCUCCGGCGACAUUCAUUACCCAAGGAGCACACCCGAGAUGUGGCCAAGACUCAUAGAGAGCGCCAGGGAAGGUGGCCUGGAUGUCAUACAGACAUACGUCUUCUGGAAUGUCCAUGAGCCUAUACAAGGUCAGUACAACUUCGAAGGAAGAUAUGAUCUGGUGAAGUUCAUCAGAGAAAUCCAUGCUCAAGGCCUCUAUGUGAGCCUCCGGGUUGGCCCCUUCGUCGAGGCAGAAUGGAAAUACGGAGGCUUGCCAUUUUGGUUGCGUGGUGUCCCAAACAUUACCUUCAGAUGCAACAAUGAACCCUACAAGGUACAUAUGCAAAAAUUUGUUGCUAAAAUUGUUAACAUGAUGAAGGAUGAAAAUUUAUACUAUCCACAAGGAGGUCCCAUAAUCAUAUCACAGAUUGAGAACGAAUAUAAGCUAGUCCAGGCAGCAUUUCAUUCAAGGGGACCACCUUAUGUUCGCUGGGCAGCGGCAAUGGCUGUAAACCUCCAGACAGGCAUUCCAUGGAUGAUGUGCAAACAGGACGAUGCUCCAGAUCCAAUCAUUAAUACCUGCAACGGGCUCAUCUGCGGGGAAACAUUUCAUGGGCCGAAUUCGCCUAACAAGCCAGCUUUAUGGACCGAAAACUGGACAUCUCGCUAUCCUUUAUAUGGUCAUGACCCAAGAUUCAGAUCACCAGCAGAUAUUGCCUUUGCAGUUGCACUUUUUAUAGCAAGAAAAAAAGGAAGCUUUGUAAGCUACUACAUGUAUCAUGGCGGGACAAACUUUGGGAGGUUUGCAUCCUCCUAUGUAACAACAAGCUACUAUGAUGGAGCUCCACUUGAUGAAUAUGGUUUAAUAUGGCAAUCGACAUGGUCUCAUCUCAGAGAAUUGCAUGCUGCAGUCAAGCAAUCUGAAGAACCACUACUUUCAGGAGCAUAUUCUAAUUACUCAUUUGGUGAGCAACAAGAGGGGCAUGUUUUUAAAACCGAGUCCAACUGUGUGGCUUUCCUAGUGAACUUUGACAAGCAUAAAACAUCAAAUAUCCAAUUUGGUGAAGCAUCAUUCCAGCUAGCUCCUAAAUCAAUAAGUAUCCUCUCGAGUUGCAGGAGGGUAGUAUUUGAAACAGCCAAGAUAAAUGCACAACAUGGUUUAAGAACAGCACAAGUAGUCCAGUAUCUGAACAAUGUUGAUAGCUGGAAAGUAUUCAAAGAACCGAUUCCUCUGGCAAUAAACAACAGCACACACAUUGGAAAUCGACUUUUUGAACACCUCUCAACUACAAAAGAUGAGACAGAUUAUCUCUGGUACCUUACUAGAUAUGAUUAUAGAUCAAAUGGGGAUACCCAGCUAGUGCUUAAUGUGGAGUCACAAGCACAUGUUUUACAUGCUUACAUCAACAAUGAUUAUAUAGGUAGUGUGCAUGGGAGUCAUGAUGGACCAAGAAAUAUCGUUCUCAAGACACCUAUUAUGCUAAGGAAAGGACAAAACUCCAUAUCACUGCUAAGUGUCAUGGUUGGAUCACCGGACUCUGGGGCGUACAUGGAGCGAAGAAUUUUUGGAGUUCGUAAAGUGAGCAUACAACAGGGACAUCAAAAAUCACAUUCUCUGAAUAAUGAGCUGUGGAAACACCAAGUUGGCUUAUCUGGAGAAAUGAAUAAUAUAUACACACGGGAAGGAUCAUCUCGUGCUCAAUGGACUGCCAUCAAUAAGUCCAUGCACCUUCCACUUAUCUGGUACAAGACGACAUUUGACACACCAUGGGGGAGUGACCCCGUCACGCUGAAUCUCAGCAGUAUGGGGAAGGGUGAGGCGUGGAUCAAUGGAGAGAGCAUUGGACGGUAUUGGGCCUCCUUCAAAAACCCCAGCGGACAACCAUCCCAGUCCUUGUACCACAUACCACAAUACUUUCUGAAGCCUAGAGAGAACACCCUCGUCCUCAUGGAGGAAAUGGGUGGUGAUCCGCUACAGAUAAGCGUGAACACAAUGUCGGUUACCCGAGUAUACAGUAGUGUGAAUGAGUUAUCCACUCCAUCACUCUUGUCACGCAGAAAGCACCCAGCAGUUCGACUCCGGUGUCAGCAAGGCAAACACAUCACGGAUAUUGAGUUUGCGAGCUACGGAAAUCCGGUCGAGGACUGUAGAAGUUCUAGCAGGAGUUGCCUUGGGAGUUGCCAUGCCGAGACAACGGAGUUUGUUGUAAAGGAUGCUUGCCUAGGCAGAAGGAAGUGCGCAAUUCCGGUACGGCCUGCCAAGUUCGGAGGCGACCCGUGCCCUGGGAUCCAAAAAUCACUUUCAGUUGUGGCAAGCUGCGGAUGAGUAGGAUGGGAAUUGCUACUAUCAUGGCGUGAUUAACUAACAUUCAGUUUGCACAAAUUUGUUGUCACAGGGUCCAAACACUGUACCAAAUCUGAACUACAGAUAGAGCAGUACUGCAUCCACAUGUUAAAAUGUACAGGAGAAGUGUAGUUAC